AUGGAGGGGAGCUGGUGCAAAUCAACUUUCACGAGCUCAAGCAGACCAAUAGAACUAGAUGCAUCUAGUGGGAUCUACAGGGACUAUCAUACAACGAUAGUUUCCUGCCCCUCCUUAAUUACGAAACGAAAUCAAGACGUAGUCCGUAUACAAGAGUUGCAGCCCUGCCAUGCUAUGCAACGGUAUAGAGGUCGCGACCCAGUUCGCGGGGAUCAAUACUCGGUCAUCGACUCCGCCUGCGCCCCCUACACUCUGCUCCUUCAGCCGUUCCACCAAUAA